AGCGACAUGGCAGAUCCUGUUCUGUUGGACACGCACCACCAACAUCACAGAUUAAUGGCCACACAGAUCGUAGCGCACCGCUUAUAAAAAUGGCCGCUCCUCCUCGCUCACCAUCUCCAUCCAGCUGCACCACCAUUCAGUCACACGCACACUCCAGAUCAGAGCAGACACAGCAAGCGUACCGUCGGCGCGAUGAAGCGGGUGGUGCUGUACCCGUCGCCGGGGAUGGGCCACCUGGUGUCCAUGAUCGAGCUGGGCAAGCUCUUCGCGGCGCGGGGGCUGGCCGUCACCAUCCUCAUCGUGGAGCUGCCCUUCGUCGACACCGGCGCGCGCGGCCCCUUCCUGGCCGGCGUCACCGCGGCCAACCCGGCCAUCUCCUUCCACUGCCUGCCCCGCGUGCAGUUCCCGCCGCUCGCCUCCCCGCACCCCGAGGCCGUCACCUACGAGGUCGCCCGCCUCUCCAACCCGCACCUCCGCGACUUCCUCCUCGCCGGUGAUGCCCGUCCGGCCGUCCUCGUCGUCGACUUCUUCUGCAGCGUGGCCCUCGACCUCGCCGCCGAGCUCGGGGUCCCGGGCUACUGCUUCUUCACGUCCGGCGCCGAGGCCCUGGCCUCGUUCCUGUACCUGCCGGUGCUGCACGAGCAGAGCGCCGCCAGCUUCCGGGAGAUGGGCGAGGAGCUGGUGCGCGUGCCGGGGAUCUCGCCGUUCCCGGCGACGCACGCGAUCAAGCCGCUCCAGGACCGCGACGACUCGGCGUACCGGGGGUUCUUGCGGGUGUCGCCCGACCUCUGCCGCUCCCGGGGCAUCAUCAUCAACACGUUCCGCUCAUUGGAGCCGCGCGCCGUGGAGGCGAUCGGCGCCGGGCUGUGCACGCCGCCUGGCCUGCCGACGGCGCCGGUGCACUGCAUCGGGCCGCUGAUAAAGUCGGCGGAGGUGGGCGUGAAGCGCGGCGGGGACAGGUGCCUGGCGUGGCUGGACGCGCAGCCGGAGGGCAGCGUGGUGUUCCUCUGCUUCGGCAGCCUGGGCGUGUUCAGCGCGGCGCAGAUCAGGGAGAUCGGCGUCGGGCUGGAGGCGAGCGGCCUGAGAUUUCUAUGGGUGGUCCGCAGCCCGCCGAACGAGGACCCGGCCAAGAGGUUCGAGGAGCCGCCGGAGCCGGACCUCGACGCCCUCCUGCCGGAGGGCUUCCUGGCCCGGACGGAGGACAGGGGCCUGGUCGUCAAGACGUGGGCGCCGCAGCGGGACGUGCUGGCGCACGGCGCGGUGGGCGGGUUCGUGACGCACUGCGGGUGGAACUCGGUGCUGGAGGCGGUGAUGGCGGGCGUGCCGAUGCUGGCGUGGCCGCUGUACGCGGAGCAGCGGCUGAACCGGGUGUUCCUGGAGAAGGAGCUGGGGCUGGCCGCGGCGGUGGAGGGGUACGAGACUGAGCUGGUGGAGGCCGGCGAGGUGGAGAAGAAGGUGCGGUGGCUGAUGGAGUCCGACGGCGGGCGCGUGCUCCGGGAGCGCACGCUGGCCGCCAUGACAAGGGCCAAGGAGGCGCUGGGCGAGGGCGGGGAGUCGGACGUGACGCUCACCAAGCUGGUGGAGGCCUGGAUGGGAGACCAUGCAGGCUCGGCUGAGAAGCGAUAAGGUGCAGCACGCACCAAUAAUGGAGGUCUGGCCGGUCCGCUGCAAACAUCAAGCAUCUAUAUCAGUCCACUGUUAUGGAAAUCUAGAUAAGCCUGAAAAGAUGCACACUUAUAAUUCCUAAUUGCUUAAAGGGAGUGUCUAGGUCUCAGUCGACUGAGACUAGGCCUGUUAAGUAGCUCUGUUUCUGCUGGGUUGAAACGGCUUAGCAUCUGGGCUUAUUUCGUUUUUCCCCUGUUUGUUUGUUUGUUACUUUGGGCUGGGCUUCUCACUUUGUUUGUCGUGGUUGAGGCUGGACCAACAAGCUGCUACUGUUGUA